AUGGCUUCCGAACAGCAGCAGCCAUGGCACGCCGCCUUCCCAGCCCCCACGAUGACCGCCGAUGUCUUUCCCCAACGGCGGGCGCUUAUGGUCCUAUCGAUGAAGAUAGCCAGCAUGCUCAUUGUAGAUGUUCGCCGGACCGACUACGAAGGCGGUGCCAUCCGCGGGAGCAUCAACAUUCCGGCGCACGGCUUCUGGUGGAAUCGCGGCAUUCUCUACGAGUUGGCCUACAAAAGUGACAUGGAAUGGGUCGUUUUCACCUGCGGCAGCUGCAAAGAGGGCAGUAGAGGGGCCAGGUGCGCUGCUUGGUUUCUGGACCAUGUUCGGAACACAGCACAAGAUGAUGAUAUGCAGGUCAUGGUUCUCGAAGGCGGGAUGAAAGGUUGGAUCAGGGCGGGAGCACAAUACACGCAGUUUGUGGACGGGUAUGAUCCGGAGUACUGGAAGGGACAGCUUGGCGAGGAUGUCCCGGAGAAGGCUAGACUUGGAAUGAAACAGCCAGACACGGGUGAUGGUGUGAAAGCGAAUGAUAAGGAGCGGGAGGAGCAAGAGCCUGCUACCAUAGCGGGCAGUCCAAACGCCGCAGCUUUCAAGCCGCCUAAAGAGAAGGUCUGGUCUUUUGAGAGCAUGAUGGGUGACGGUAGCGUAUGA